AUGAUAAGAAACGCGCCGCAACCUCAUAGCCAGCCCAACCAACCCAACCAGAACCCCUCGCAUGUCGGUAGAACUCAACGAGCUCCCAACCUACCUAUCCACCAAACCUUCGUCUUCGAACACCCAAAAGCACCGGAAGCUUACUUCAACAGGCUCCACUCCGCCCAGGGAACAGCCACCAAGCUCCGCCUCCGAUGCAUCGAUUCGCAGCCACGCCAUACCCGGGCUUAUACAGGAGCAGAAUUCCAACGACAGAGUGGGUGUGUCGGUCUCGACGCGCUACCGGAGGCACGUGAGUUCGACGCGAUGCCGAGUCCCUUCUAG